AUGUCGCACUCUUUCUUAAUGGACUCACUGCUCAGCGAUAUUCCGCCGCUCAACAAGAAUAAGGAAUCGCUUGGAUCACCAACGGCAAGUGCAACUGCCGCUGCGGUUGCUGCCACAGCCGCUGCAGCUGCAAUGUUGCCCGGCAUACCCAUGUUGCCCUAUCCAGCCAGCUACGUGGGCAGCUACCUCUUCUCCCUCGGCAUACAGCAACAACAACAACAACAGCAGCAGCAACAACAACAGCAUCAGGCUGCCGCUGCAGCAGCUGCCGCUGUUCUCCAACAGCCCCACGCCUCCCUCUAUCAUCCGUAUGCACAGCUCUUCGCAUCGAAGCGCAAGUCCAGCAGCUUGGUCAACUAUGAGGACUGCUAUCCAUCGCCACCACUGUCAGCCAAUGCCAUUGGACACAGUGGUAACAGCCAAAUGCCACUGCCACAUCCGGCCAUCUCAUCGUCGGCUGUCUACGGUCUGCCUCUGCAUGAGGCCGGAGCAUUUUGCACUUCACCAUCGGCUUCAUCAAGUGCCUCGUUGGAUUUCGCAAGUCAUGAGGAGCCGCAAGGAAAGCGCUUUAAGCACGAAUCCUCCUGUUCGCCAGCCAGCUCACCCAUCAAGACGCAAGGAACCAUCUCCAGCGCUGGACUGGACAUCACACCUCUGAUCAGCGAUUACGCCGAUUCCAGCAAACGCAUCCGCACUGCCUUCACCAGCACUCAGCUCCUGGAGCUGGAACGAGAGUUCUCCCACAAUGCCUAUCUGUCACGGCUGCGCAGAAUCGAGAUCGCCAACCGCCUGCGUCUGUCGGAGAAGCAAGUGAAGAUCUGGUUUCAGAAUCGACGUGUUAAGCAAAAGAAGGGCGGCUCCGAGAGCCCCACUUUCAACCUAUCGGCCAACUUAAGCAGCCCUCAGACACCGCCCUCCCCCAAAUGCUGUGACGUUAAGAUUAGCGCGUAGAGUCCCCGAAGAUUCAAGCAUGUUA